CCCUCUAUGAAAAACAACAACAAUCUUGAUAGCAUUAGCAACAUUAGCAAUGGGACCCUGAACCUCUACCACACGUUUGGCCGCAACACGUUACCUUUAUCAGCCCGGCUGCUUCAGUUUGACCCCGGAGAUUGAUAACUCGAUGGUGCCGGGCUCAUGAACUUGGCCAGUCAGAGCGGGGAUGCUGGCGGUAGCCAGCUCCUCUUCGCCAAUUUCAACCAGGACAAUACAUCCUUAGCUGUUGGCACAAAAUCAGGAUACAAGUUUUUCUCUCUGUCGUCUGUGGACAAAUUGGAGCAGAUAUACGAAUGUACAGACACGGAGGAUGUGUGUAUUGUGGAGCGUCUGUUCUCCAGCAGUCUGGUGGCCAUCGUCAGCCUGAAGGCUCCGAGGAAGCUCAAAGUCUGUCACUUCAAGAAGGGAACCGAAAUCUGCAACUACUCUUACUCCAACACAAUACUGGCUGUUAAACUCAACAGACAGAGGCUGAUAGUUUGUCUGGAGGAGUCACUUUACAUUCACAAUAUUCGAGACAUGAAAGUGCUGCAUACAAUCCGAGAGACUCCACCCAACCCUUCAGGGUUGUGUGCCCUGUCCAUUAGCAAUGACAACUGCUACCUGGCAUAUCCUGGCAGUGCCAUGAUUGGAGAAGUCCAAGUGUUUGAUACAGUCAACCUGCGAGCCGCGAACAUGAUUCCAGCCCACGACAGCCCAUUAGCAGCUCUUGCUUUUGAUGCCAGUGGAACUAAACUAGCCACAGCUUCAGAGAAGGGCACAGUCAUCCGCGUUUUCUCCAUCCCAGAAGGACAGAAGCUCUUUGAGUUUCGACGAGGAGUGAAGAGGUGUGUGAGCAUUUGCUCCUUGGCCUUCAGCAUGGAGGGCUUGUACCUGUCAGCCUCCAGUAACACAGAAACAGUUCACAUCUUUAAACUUGAAACACAGAAGGAGAAGUAUGUGCCAGCAGAGGAGCCCACCACAUGGGGAGGGUACCUGGGCAAGGUGCUGAUGGCGUCCACCACAUACUUGCCCUCCCAGGUUACAGAGAUGUUCACACAGGGGCGAGCCUUUGCUACAGUACGCCUGCCCUUCUGUGGGCAUAAGAACAUCUGCGCUUUAGCAAUGAUUCAGAAGAUUCCCAGGUUGUUAGUUGCAGCAGCUGAUGGCUACUUGUAUCUCUACAACUUGGACCCACAAGAAGGAGGCGAAUGCACACUCAUGAAGCAGCACAGGUUAGACGGCAGUGCAGAACAACCCAAUGAGAUCUUGGAGCAAGGGUCACAUGAUCGCCCGCUUGUGGCCCAAACCUACAGUGCGGCUGUUACUAAAGGUUACUGCGAAGAGCAAGGCGCGGUGGGAGGGGCGGGGCUUGAAGAAGACCUCAGCAACUUGCGCCUGGAGGAGGAGAACGAGCAGCCGCCGCUCAUCCUGGAAACUGACUGACCAAGCGGACGGCUGCGCCCGCCUAUCAGAGGGCUCCUCUGGCGCUGCUAUAAACCAGGGGCGGGGAUCAGAGAGGGAAGGUGUGUUUUUUUUAGUUUUUUUGAACACACCACAGCCUCUCUGUUGUGAUCCGUGCUAUUAGUCACAUAAAUACACACACCUCCAUUUUGGACCUUCCUCCCCUCUUUCCUGUGCUCCUUCCUUGAUUUAAAAACUGACGCUUUGCAUGUUCGUGUGCCAACCGCUGAAACAAAAAGUGUGUGUGUGUUGGACUUUGGAUCAAAGUAGAAAUGUAGCGCACACACACACACACACACACACACACACACAGAGUGUAAAAAGAUUGUGUAAGUGCCUCUUUGCCCUAUUGUGGUUUCAUGUUUGAAACCGCUCCGCAUUGGCUUCAUAAAAUCUAUUUUCAUUUGCUUUUAAUGGAGGGAGAACUCUCGCUUUGCUCGCUUACAAAAUGAAAGCUUUUAACGUGAGGCAGAGUUAUUUUACGUUAUUUGUUUGACCUCAUCAAGCCCCGCCCGCCCCAGGAGAUCAUUGGUCACCAGUCGAUGUUCCACUCUACGCUGUGUCACGCUUAAAAGCGAAGCCGUGGUACUUUAUACACUGAAGACGUUGACAUGAGCAUUCUUCUAUCACGUAGGAUCUGCUUAGAACCGCAGCGAUCUUGUCUGUACAUUUGUUACUAUGGCAACCAGGUAUGGUUCUCCACCAUAUUCAAUCCGCCGGUCAUCGAUGAUAUGUUUGGGAUUCCUUUUUGGGGACUUGAAGCCACUCAGCAAGGAUCAGCAGGGGAGUGUCGGGCGUUUUCUAAUGAUUUUGUAUAAAAAUGUGAAACGUUCAUUUGAGACUACAUGGAAAAUAAAGUUAAUUGUUGAUGUA